AUGGACCACCAGUGGACGUCGCAGCCGCCGGCGCCCGAAAAGUCCUGUGAGCUUUACAUCCGCGACCAUCCGGCCCGUGCGAUUGCAAUUGUCUCGUCGACACACGCCCUCAUCCUGCGAUAUAGCGCCUCGGCCAGCGACAUCAUACCUAAUGGCUCCUAUACGUCGCUACCGGCCACCAACAAGUCCCCCGCCGCCAAGUGCAUGGUCGAAUUUGCGCCCGUCACCAAGGCGCUGCUGAGGGACUAUCGCCCGCUCACCCACCGACCCAUCUACGGCACUCUUGGCCUGAUCUCCGCCAACAAUGAAGUUUUCCUGUCCGUAAUAACUCACGCGACCCGUACGGCGACCGUGCGGCCAGGAGAGACGGUCGAGAAGAUUGUCAGUGUGGCGUUUUACUGCCUAAGCACUGACGAGUACGACGACGUUGUGCCCCUCGAGUCCUACGAAAUCGAACCAUCCGAUUCCUCCUCGGUAUACGGCUCCCAGGCCUAUGGCCAGAGCCUUAGCCACCGCGACGUGGCCAUCGAACAUCCUUGCCAUGAGCUGCGCAAGAUUUUGAGCAAUGGCUCGUUUUACUACAGUACCGACUUUGACGUAACUAACCGACUCCAAGAUCGCCCAAUCAACGCAGACUCGUUCCAUAUCGACAGCUUUAAUGACAUGUAUUUGUGGAACUCUUUCAUGAUCAGUCCUUUGGUCAAGUUCCGAUCGCGGCUGUUGCCACAUGAGCGGGAAGCGCUGGACGAGUCCCGCAUUUUGACAUCUGCCAUUCGCGGCUUUUGCAAGACCAUGACGAUCCCACAGAGCGCCUCGCCACUCAAAGGCAACAACGGUCGAGCGUCGUAUUUAACACUCAUUUCCCGCUUGUCCUGUCGCCGAGCUGGAACUCGCUUCAAUGCUCGCGGUAUUGACGACGACGGCCACGUUGCCAACUUUGUUGAGUCGGAAACCAUAUUCUGGAGUGCCACGGGCACCGUCUUCUCCUACGUCCAGAUACGUGGCUCAAUUCCCGUAUUUUGGGAGCAAGCCGCCGACCUGAUACCUGGGCGACAGAAGCUCACAAUAACAAGACCGGCGGAUGCUACACAACCUGCUUUUAACAAGCAUUUCGAAGAGCUCGAAGACAUGUACAGUGCGGUGCAUAUAGUUAACCUACUGAGCGAGACAAAACCCGGCGAAGUCGAGCUGAGCAAUGCUUACAAGACUGGCAUCAAGUAUUGCCCACUGAGUCGCGCCCGUCAAGGCGGCGGAGUAGACGACCACGCCAUGCUGCGACAGACGCACUACGACUUUCAUGCCGAGACCAAGGGCCCUGGUGGGUACGAAGCUGCGCGCGAUAUACGUCGCUAUAUUGAGCACUCCAUUGAUGGGUUCGCCUAUUUCUUGGCCGAGGAAGCCGACGACGAAAAGCAUUUGCGCAGCAAGGACACGAGAAUGAUUGUCGUGCUGCAGCAAGAAGGCGUCUUCCGCACAAACUGUCUCGACUGCCUGGACCGAACCAACUUGAUCCAGACACUGAUUUCUCAAAUGGCAGCAGAGGCCUUCCUCAGUCACCGCAGUGCAUAUGCUGCCUCUGAUUUUUGGAUGCGUCACUCCACGCUUUGGGCCGACAACGGCGAUUCGCUGUCCAAGAUCUAUGCCGGCACAGGCGCGCUCAAGUCAUCAUUUACACGCACUGGCAAAAUGUCGCUGGCCGGCGCCGUAGCCGACAUGCGAAAAUCGGUACAGCGACUUUACCACAACAAUUUUGUCGACCCGUCGCGGCAAAUCACCAUCGAUAUGCUCCUGGGUCGGCUGAUUGGGCAAGCGCCGGUGCACCUCUUUGACCCAAUUAGUGAUUUUAUCUCGGCAGAGCUCAACAAGCGCAGUGACGAAUAUACAUCAUUUGAACAUAUCAAUCUCUGGGUAGGCACGUUUAACCUCAACGGUAAAACGGAAGGCAUUGGCCAAGACCUGUCGCCGUGGCUGUUCCCCCCAGAGGUUGGCAAGGAACUUCCCGAUAUCUAUGUCGUGGCGUUUCAAGAAAUUGUCGAACUCAGCCCGCAGCAGAUCAUGAAUAGCGAUCCAUCGCGCAAAUACCUAUGGGAGCAGGCCGUCAAGAAUGCUCUGAACGAGCGCCAGGACCGGACCGGCGGCGAGCCUUAUGUGCUCUUGCGCAGCGGACAGCUAGUUGGCGCGGCGCUAUGCAUUUUUGUCAAGGCAUCGAGCCUACCCAAUAUAAAAAAUGUCGAAGGCAGCGUCAAGAAGACGGGUAUGUCAGGCAUGGCUGGCAACAAGGGCGCCGUGGCAAUCCGAUUAGACUACGCCAACACGCAUAUUUGCUUUGUCACAGCACAUUUGGCGGCUGGCUUUGCAAACUAUGACGAAAGAAAUAGAGAUUACGCAACUAUCCACCAUGGUCUGCGGUUUCAGCGAAAUCGCGGCAUCGACGAUCACGAUGCCAUUAUCUGGCUCGGCGAUUUCAACUACCGCAUUGGACUCGGUUCUGAUAUGGCCCGAGCGCUGGUGCAGCAACGGAACCUGCCAAAGCUGUACGAAAACGACCAGCUGAAUCUACAAAUGGUUGCCGGUCUAGCGUUUCCCUUUUACUCGGAGGCGCGCAUCAACUUUAUGCCCACGUACAAGUUUGACGUGGGAACCGAUCAUUAUGACAGCUCCGAAAAGGCGAGAAUCCCUGCAUGGACGGAUCGCAUCCUGCGAAAAGGCCCGAAUUUGCGGCAACUCAGCUACAACUCGGCGCCGCUGCGCUUCUCGGACCACCGCCCGGUAUACGGGACGUUUGAGUGCACAGUCAGCAUCGUCAACGAACGUCGGCGCGAGGCCAUAGGCGCGGAGCUGUACGAGCGGCGCAAGGCCGAACUUGGCGACACGGGAGGCUCGAUCCUGGGCGACCUGGACACCGAGGAUGAGGACCUCAUCGGCUUUGAAUCGCUGGAACCCGGACUGCCAGCUGCCAGCUCAGACCGACAGAAGUGGUGGCUGGACAACAAGCAGACGGCGCGGGCGCACAUUCCCAUCCCCGCUGGCCGCAACGGGCAACCCAUGAGCCUCAACCCGCAUCGCCCGUCGAACCCGUUCCCGAGCACCGAUGAGCCCGACUGGGUCUCUGUGUCGCGGGCUUCUCCAGGCGUGGCUAGCAGUCUCUCGAGCUCGCCGUACGAAAAGGUGCCGAUGCCGCCGCGCACCAUGUCGAUGGCCUCGACCGGCUCGUCGUCGAGACGACCUAUGCCGCCACCGUUUGAUCAGGCCAGGCUCCCUGCGCAGGUCGGCAAGCUAGCCAUUGCGGACGACCAAGCGUCAGUGUCAUCGUCGCGGCGGAGCACCGACUCGGAGCGCCAGCAGCAGCCGCCGCCUCCGCCGCCGCCGCGCCGUCGGGCCGUGGGCCAGCAGCCAACACCUGGCACGCCGAUGGCGACGAUGACGUCGCCGCCGCCGCCGCCGCGUCCAGAGUCAUCGGCGUCGCAGCAGUCGCUGAGAAAGGAGGGUGGAGGAAACAAGCCGCCCGUAGCGAGAAAGCCAGCUCAUCUGGCAGGAUCAUCGCCCGUCGCGGCACGAGGCCCGACCCAGCAGCAUCCGCCGCUGCCUCCUAGGGGUGAGGUAUCGCGAAAGCCGAUACCGCCGCCGGCGGAGUCUCUGAUAUAG